AUGUUUUUCAAUUCUCAGCUUAUUUCUAAUGUUUCCCCCCUUUUAAAUUAUUUUGUCAUUACAGUUCUUCCAGAACAACCCAUAAUAUUGGAUCGUUGGGGUCGUCAAUUGAAUGGCACCAAAUUGGGUCCGAAACAGGAAGGUGAUGAUAUUGUUAUCACAUGUCGUGUUGUGGGAGGACGACCACAACCACAAGUACGAUGGCUGGUCAAUGGUCUGCUAGUGGACAACCAAUAUGAACAUUAUUCCGGUGAUGUUAUCGAGAAUCGUUUACUAUGGCCAUCAGUUCAACGAACGGAUUUAAAUUCCGUUUUCACAUGCCAGGCUCUGAAUACGCAAUUAGACAAGCCCAAAGAAAAGAGUUUCAUCUUGGAUAUGCAUUUAAAACCACUUGAAGUGAAAAUAAUUGACCCACCCAAUUCAAUGGUGGCCGAUAGACGCUAUGAGGUAACAUGUGAAUCAACCGGUUCCCGACCAAAUGCCAUCAUUACCUGGUAUAAAGGAAAAAGGCAAUUACGCCGAACGAAGGAUGACAUAUCGAACAACACAACACGUUCCGAAUUGAGUUUUGUGCCAACAACAGAUGAUGAUGGCAAAUCGAUAACAUGUCGAGCAGAAAACCCAAAUGUUAAUGGUUUAUAUUUGGAGACUAUGUGGAAAUUGAAUGUAGUAUAUCCACCUUUGGUUACCUUGCGUUUGGGCUCAACACUUUCACCCGAUGACAUUAAAGAAGGUGACGAUGUCUAUUUUGAGUGUCACGUACAAUCGAAUCCUCAAUGGCGUAAACUUUUAUGGCUGCAUAAUGGUGCUCACCUGGAGCACAACACUUCAGCCCGUGUUAUACGCUCUAAUCAAAGUUUGGUAUUGCAAAAAAUUACCAAACACUAUGCGGGAAAUUAUGCAUGCAGCGCAAUAAAUGAUGAAGGAGAAACUGUCAGCAACCAACUGCCGCUACGUGUUAAAUAUACACCAAUUUGCAAACAUUUAGAUCGUGUCAUCUUAAUUGGAGCCUCAAAGGAUGAAACUGUCGAAGUUGCGUGUGAAAUUCAAGCGGAUCCACCACCAAGGUAA